UUUUUGUUUUGUGUUUGUUUCAUUCACAAUUUACUUCACUUGACUCUGCCAAUCCCCCAAGCAGUUACAGUGUUGCUAUGAGAGUUAGUGUGUGAGGUUAGUCGAUGUUUAGUUGUUAUUGUUAUAAGUAUUCCGGCUUGGAGUGCAUCGUCUGGUUACUAGUGAAAUGCAGAUCGUCUAAUUAAACAUAUUUCAAUUAUCUUUUACAAAAUCCAACUUCCAACUUUAAUUGUGGGAUUCUAUAAAUAAGAGAUUGAAAAUAGGUUAACAAAUGAACGAGAUCUGAUUUUGAAAUAUUUGAAGUUAUGUUAAACCAUUCAGACGUUGAUUCUAUAUACAUUGCUACUUAUGUACAGAAUUAUUUGGAUUCUUUAGACAACUUGCCGGAAGAUGUAUCUCGCCAACUUUCUAGAAUGCGGGAGUUGGACGUAACUUACCAAGCAUUUUUGAAGGACAUAGAUCAUCAGAAAGACAUAAUACUAGUUAAGGAUCCAGAAUCACAUGUUAGAAAACGAGCUAUAGUUCGUCUGCAACAAACGUUAAUCCAGGCUCAGGAAGUAGGUGACGAGAAAUUGCAGAUAGCCCAACAAAUCUGUGAUCUAAUAGAAAACAAAGCACGGCAGUUGGAGCUCGACUUCAAGAUUCUUGAUCCUUUGAAAUCAUUCAGUAAAGAAGCAGACUCAUUGGACAAUAACAUUAAGGAGUCAGCUGGCCAGGGAAGAGAGGUUCAAGGUGUAACACAGACGGGGGUACCAGUAGUGUCUCUACGUGAUGCUAACAGCGGAGGAGAGAGGCAGAGCAAGCGAUCACGAAGAAGUCGUCAGGAAACAUCUUUAAUUGAAUCUGCACCAUCAGAACCCACACCACCACCAGAGCCCAUAACUCCUUUACCUAGGUCGAAUGCUACUGCUGCCGCUCACAAAAAAUCAACAACAAGUACAGGUAAGAAAAAGAAGAGAAAGGCACGGCAAACUCAGCAGCGUGAAGAGUCGCCACCAAGAGAAGAAGAACUCGCUAUUGACCCAGACGAACCCACGUAUUGUCUGUGUGAUCAAAUAUCAUAUGGUGAGAUGAUACUAUGUGACAAUGACCUGUGCCCAAUAGAGUGGUUCCACUUUUCUUGUGUGGCUUUGGCAACAAAACCUAAGGGCAAGUGGUUUUGCCCAAAGUGCCGUGGUGACCGACCUAAUAUAAUGAAACCUAAAGCCCAGUUCCUGAAGGAGCUAGAAAGAUACAAUAAAGAAAAAGAAGAAAAAUCAUAAUUUUUGUGUUUUUUUAUUAUUUGUAUUUUAUAAUAAGUCUAUUUAUUUUCUCUGUUUUAAAUUUCUCUUAUACAACUUAUUUUAAAUUAUUACAGUAGUACA